ACACCGCUGCCGUCUCUCUUUUCUUUAGUAGCCCAGCUGGCCUUCUCCUCGAACCACCAACUCCAUUCUCUCCAUCACACAAGGCCUUCUGCGCACCUUGAACCCUCCACACACAAACACCCAACAGUCGUCACAAUGGCCAACCGUUUCCUGAUCUGGGGUGGCGAGGGCUGGGUCGCCGGCCACCUCAAGGCCAUUCUCGAGUCGCAGGGCAAGGAGGUUCACACUACCACGAUCCGCAUGGAGAACCGCGAGAGCGUCAUCGCCGAGCUGGAGCGCGUCAAGCCCACCCACGUCCUCAACUGUGCCGGCUGCACCGGCCGCCCCAACGUCGACUGGUGCGAGGACAACAAGGAGGCCACGGUCCGCUCCAACGUCGCCGGUACCAUCAACCUGACCGACGCCUGCUUCCUCAAGGGCGUCCACAUCACCGUCUUCGCCACCGGCUGCAUCUACCAGUACGAUGACGCCCACCCGUGGGACGGCCCGGGCUUCCUCGAGACCGACAAGGCCAACUUUGCCGGCAGCUUCUACUCGGAGACCAAGGCCCACGUUGAGGAGGUCAUGAAGUACUACAGCAACUGCCUGAUCCUCCGCCUCCGCAUGCCCGUCAGCGACGACCUGCACUCGCGCAACUUCGUGACCAAGAUCUCCAAGUACGAGCGCGUCGUCGACAUCCCCAACAGCAACACCAUCCUGCACGACCUGCUCCCCGCCUCCAUCGCCAUGGCCGAGCACAAGGACACGGGCGUGUACAACUUCACCAACCCCGGCGCCAUCUCGCACAACGAGGUCCUGACCCUCUUCAGGGACAUCGUCCGCCCGGGCUUCGCCUGGAAGAACUUCAGCCUCGAGGAGCAGGCCAAGGUCAUCAAGGCCGGCCGCAGCAACUGCAAGCUUGACACCACCAAGCUGACCACCAAGCUCAAGGAGUAUGGCAUCGAGAUCCCGGAAAUCCACGACGCCUACAGGGGCUGCUUCGAGCGCAUGAAGGCUGCUGGCGUCCAGUAGAAAAGUCAAUGUUUGCGGUCUGAAAAGUAGUCUCUCAAAUAGACAGACGGUAGUUAAGGACGGCAAAAUAAAGAAAAGUGAUCUUGGUAUUAUGAUGCUCAUA